AUGACAGCGACUUCAGCGCCGGUUCAGCAUGAGAACGAUGCCCUGUUGGAAGAUGGCGUCGGCUUCAACGAAGGCAUGCGCCGAAACCGAUGGCUGAUCGGCGUGCUAUGCGUCGUGAUUGUGGCCAUCAUCUGGACCUUCGCCAGUGUGCUCGUGCAAUACGUGUUUCACGACUUGGGGUUUUCCAAGCCGUUUUUCCUUACCUACGUUGCGAAUUCGCUCUUCGCGGUGAACCUUCCGUUGUAUUACAUCGGAAAGAAGCUUGGGUACGUCAAGACCGAAGCCCAAGCGAGUGUGCGGGACACGUUAUGGGUCAGUGCGGUCGUCGCGCCGUUGUGGUUCAUUGCCAAUUGUGCGUACAACUUCAGCCUCAACAUGACAAGUGUCACGAGCAGCACCAUCAUCAGCUCCACGUCGUCCAUGUUUACGUUUGCCCUGAGCGUGUUCUUUUUGGGAGAAAGUUUCGCCUGGUUCAAGAUCGCAGGGGUUGUGUUCUGCAUGGCAGGAAACAUUGUCACCGUGCUGCAAGACGGCUCGUCCGGCACGUCCGACUCGUUCACGGGCGACUCCAUCGCGCUCGUGUCGGCAUUCAUGUAUGCCGUGUACACGUCGACGAUGCGCAAGUACAUUCCCGACGACUCCAGCAUGAGUCUAUCGCUCUUCUUUGGUCUUCUCGGCUUGCUCAACUUUGUCUGCUUGUUGCCGGUGGUGCUUUUCCUGCACUUCACUAAUGUCGAGUCGUUGCAGUCGCUGACCGUGGAAAUCCUCGGCCUCUUGACCGUGAAGGGUUUGUUCGACAACGUCCUGUCUGACUAUCUAUGGGCCCUCGCCAUGCUGUAUACGACUCCAACCGUCGCCACCAUCGGGCUCUCCUUGACGGUUCCAUUCGCCAUCUUCUCGGAUCUCAUCUUCCACGCGGUGUCUCCAUCUGUGGUGGUGAUCUUUGCCUCCAUCUUUGUCAUCGCUGGCUUCGUGCUCAUCAACGUCGGGACGUUCUCGCCUGAUGGACGCAUCUUCCAAGUCGAGUAUGCCAAGAAGGCGGUGGAGAACAGCGGGACUGCUAUUGGCAUCAAUUGCAAAGACGGUGUCGUCAUGGGUGUCGAGAAGGUCCUUCUCUCUAAGCUGCUUGUACCUGGCACCCACCGCCGCAUCCAUGCCAUCGAUCGCCACAUCGGUUUGGCCAUUUCCGGCUUGGUGGCGGACGGUCGCCAAUUGGUAAACCGUGCCCGUGAGGAAGCCGCGGGAUACAAGAAGAACUACGGGAGUCCGAUUCCUCCCCAGGUGUUGGCGGACCGCAUGAGCCAAUACGUGCAUUACUUCACGCUGUACGGAUCCGUGCGUCCCUUUGGCACGUCCAUCAUGCUCGCCGGGCGCGACGUGGACACGGGCAAAACGUUCCUGAACGUCAUCGAACCGUCCGGUGUGUCGUAUCGAUACCGCGGGGCCGCCAUGGGCAAGGGCGAGCAAGCUGCGAAGACGGAGAUCGAAAAGUACAAGAUCUUCGACUUGACGUGCCGCGAAGCUAUCAAAUACAUCGCCAAAAUUUUGAACGUGUUGCACGACGAAGUGAAGCACCCGUUCGAGCUGGAACUGAGCUGGUUGUGCGAAGAGUCGAACUGGCAGCAUCAGCUCGUGCCCGGCAACAUUCGGGACGAAGCGACGGCGUGGGCCGUGCGAUCCAUUCAAGACGACGACAUUGCCGACGACGCCGAUGAUGCGUAA